AUGGGCAAUGGGGCUGCUGGCAUAGCAAAUACGUCUAUUAGUAAUCAUGAGGCCAAACAUCAUAUUUUAGCUGGCCUUUUUAAACACAGCAGCUCAACAGUACCAAACAAAACAGCAACUAACGACGAAACGCACAAUGCAAAGCAUCACCUCCUCAACAGUUUGAUCGGCCAUGGUGCUGGUAACCUGAAUACAACCAACAAGACCUUACACACCCUGGACAAGUCACCUUCAGGCAAACUGAAUAGCUCAAUUCCCCCUACAGCAACAAGUAGAGAUGGGAGAGAUCACACUAUAAAAGAGAUAGUGAAGCAAGCCAGUGAAGCUGCAGCAGGGGCACCGGAGGAGUGCACUCCUCCAGCUAUUAAACAGUUCCCGCAUCCAGUGAUGUCGCCGUCCACUAGACGACAUGGCGGUCUAGUGAUACACGUCAUAGUAGCUGUGUAUAUGUUCCUGGGGCUGGCAAUUGUUUGUGACGAGUAUUUCGUCGCCUCGCUGGAUAGGAUCUGUGAAGAAUUGAAAAUGGCGCCGGAUGUCGCAGGAGCUACGUUCAUGGCAGCAGGAAGCUCCGCACCGGAACUGGCUACAGUUAUAAUUGGGGUUUUCUUCGCUAAGGACGAUAUAGGUAUAUCUGGUGUAAUAGGCUCGGCAGUGUUCAACAUAAUGUUCGUGAUAGCAUGUUGUGGUCUAUGUUCAACAGCUGCAGUCUAUUUGAACUGGUGGCCAUUGGUCAGAGACUGUUUUUUCUAUGCUAUCUCUAUUGUAGUCAUGCUGAUUGUCAUAAAUGACAAACAAGUCACUUGGCUGGAAUCCCUCUUCAUGCUCAUAGUGUACCUAAUCUACUGUGUAGUACUCCACUUCAAUUCGUUUCUGGAGAAAUGGGCCCAAACAUUACCGGUUCCAUUUAAAAAGGUGGUGCCUAACGAACAAUCUGGCCUGGUGAGCUACAAGACAUUAGAAGACGAUGGAAACAAGUAUCCUAAUUAUGGCAUUGAAAAGACUCCUGAGGUGCAAGAUGCUACCAGUGUAGAUCAGGGCAUGAAGAAUUGGGGUAUGGAAUGGUCACCAGAGAAGCACCAAGAAAAUUUUGCCAAUGAACUGAGUGGACCUGAUUUGAAUCAAGCUACAAUCGAUGCUUCCCCUAAUCCACCUCCACCACCAAAACCUCAACAAGACUACUAUAGGCCCAAAGAGUAUGACCCUGCUGCUCAUAAGGAUCCUCUGGUCAAACCAGAAGCUGGAGGUUUAUACGAACAAUUUUCUUGGGGUCUAGUAUAUCCAAUACAUUGGCUGUGUAGGAAAACUAUGCCUGACUGCAGAAGUGAAAAAUACAAGAACUGGUACCCAUUUACUUUCUUCAUUUCAAUGGUUUGGAUCUCAUUUUAUUCAUACUUCAUGGUGUGGAUGAUUACUAUAAUAGGAUAUACGCUUGGCAUUCCUGAUACAGUGAUGGGGCUUACGUUUGUUGCUGCAGGCGUUUCGGUACCAGAUGCUCUCUCAAGUAUAGCUGUUGUAAAAGAAGGCUACGGUGACAUGGCAGUUUCCAACGCUGUAGGCUCUAACGUCUUCGAUAUACUCGUAUGCCUUGGUCUUCCUUGGUUCCUCAAGACUGCGUUAAGUGGUGGAACGGUUGUCAAGGUCAUUAGUAAAGGACUAGCAUACUCGACAUUGUCCCUGCUGUCAACAGUGGUAUUCCUGGUUGUUGCCACGCACUACAAUGGCUGGAAGUUAGACAGGAGGUUUGGUAUCAUCUUGAUGGUCUGGUAUCUCAUCUUCAUCACAUUCGCCAGCAUGUACGAGCUAAAUGUGUUCGGCAAGCUGAACCCUCCCGAAUGCACCACCGAUUGGUAAAAUGUUAGUUAAGAUUUUGUUAAUUUUGGUGCUUGUGACGAGACUAAUAUUCAAAGCAAUAGCACUAGCUGAAUAUUUUAUCAAUCUUGUGUACUUGUUAUAUUUAAUAACUCUUAUACAGAGUGCAAAAAAUGGUGACAGGUACGUUGACUUCACUUCAGGCGCAACGCUAUACUGAGUUCAUAAAAAAUCAGAAUAAUUUAGCUCCUUUCCAGGCGACUUUUUUCUAAAACAGGUAGCAUUAUUUUUUUAUGUUGUAUAAGCAUCCGUUAGGUUGACUCCUUCUAAAACAUCCUAUAGUACUAUUACUGGUUUUUCUCUAAGCUACAAUCAUGACUACUUACAAUUACUUGAAUUAAUCCGUAACUUUGUUAUAUAAUAUCCCAAAGUGUUUGAUAAUUUGCGAUUAUGUUCCAUAACAGUCUCGUCCAUACACCGAAGUUGAAGUAUUGUUUAAUGAACAAAUCCAAAGGACACACAAACAAAAAGCAGGUGUUAUAUCUGUUGUAAAUAUACUCGUAUGUACAGCCAAAUAGCGAAGAAUUGCAUAAUCAUGUAUGUCUUUUGGAUAUUUCUAGAAAUAUUAUAGGAAAUCUGAAGAUGCAAAGCAGUGUUGAUGUUAUACGUUUUUUGGAAGAUACUUAUUGAAUGUUAUUGUAGAUUUCAUAUUGUUGAUAAAUAAUAUCAUUGACUUCCUCUUACUAUAGUUACGGUGUACAGUGUGUUGCGUGAAAACAUCACUACCAUUGCCUCACCAAUGUUUAUGGUAAAACAUAUUGAUUCCACAUCAUCGAUACAAUUUAAAACUAAUAUUAUUCGUUGAUUGUGUUAUCGUUAUAUAUUCUUAAAUUGCUCCAAAAGGUCCUGCGUUUGGAUUGAGGAGUAGUUAACAAAAUUGGAAUAAAAGGGGUUGAAGGACAGCUGUCAAAAAAUGUUUGACAUAAUUCGAACAUUAUUCUUUUUGAGGGUAGAAAUUAAUAACCUAAGAAAAUAUACAUUAUAGACAUGCUUCUAAGCUGAGAACCAAAUUUGUCCGACGGCUUGAGUUCAAUGAGUACAAGAGAAAACUGUGUAUAUAGACACUUGUGACAGGUACAUUAUCGUAGGCCGAAACAUGGACAACCAAUCUAACAGACAUGGUGAUAUCAAUGUUCUUCUUUUGCAAACCACUAUUUUAUGAAUGUUUUAUGUACCUACAGCUCUGUUUCUAUUAUUUCUACGUAGGCUAUAAGAUAUUGUAGUUAGAAAUAAUAUGCUAUAUCUCCUUUCCAGUAUUUACUGAUUGAGUUAUCGAUAUUGUACAGUAAACUGUAUCAGGAUUCCACAUGGUGAUCCUUCCCUUGCCCUGGUCACAGGCAUGAAACUAGUAAAUCUGAAACAAAACAAAAAUAAGUAGCACAUACGUAACUCGCCCUGUUGUACUCAAAUCACUUGUUUCCUUUUAUAAAUUAGCAACCCUGAAGUAAACUAGUAAUCAUCAUUUUAUAACAUUUGUAACAAUCAAGUUUGUGGACAAGUGUCAAGUUAGUUGUCACUGUCAAAAGUGAAAACUUUAACAUAUCAACUGGCGUGGAAAUAGUUUUAUUUUGAGAGUACACAUCUUUGAAUUGUGAAUUGCGUCGAAUCUGUUUCCGGAUCAGUCAUUAUGGCGCUCCAUUUUAGGUCAGGAUCACCAGAACUUCUGCAACAUUGCAUCAUUGGGGCGCUUGGCAACACCGCAUCUCGUACAUUCCAAAGCAAAGUUUCCACCUCCAUGAUCAUAGAUGAGCUAUUUUAGUCAGUACCCAUCUAGCGCUCAUUGGGGAGUAUUGUCCUGCUUCAAAAUGUAUCGCGUAAUGAUAUUUGUUACAUUUUCCGACCGUUCGCUGUCGCAAAAUGUAACAAUAACUCAGCAUGUGUUGAUCUUAUCGCCAUCGUUGGAAAUCAAAGAUAAUUCUAAAAUAAAUUAAAACACUAAGUCGCAUCAAAAUUGAAAUAAUCUAAUCAAAAUGAAAACAAAAUAUUAAAUUAAAUAUUCGAACAGACUUCCUUCUUAGCUUUGACAGUAAUCUAACCUAUUGUAGAAGCCUGUGCGAACAUUUUCUGGUGUAACACAUUGGCAACGCGGCAGAUUGCACGACCUUCUGCGUCACCGCCGUCGCUAGGCAAUGUGGUGAUGACUUUCGCUCUUCAGAUGGCUUCUGUAUCUUUCUAACACGUGUUGAUACACACUUCUCGCGCUUCUCUCCCGUACAUUGAACUCAAGCCGUCAGACAAAUUUGGAUUUCCCUGUAAAUGUUUUUUACAUUAUCAUUGUGGGGUUCACGAGAUAAAUUUAUAAAAUUAGUUUAUUUUGUAUAAUAAGACUACGACAACAUGAAAGGUGUUAAUUAUUAAAAAUUAUAUACAUUCGUUGCAUAUUUUCGAAACACGCCAAAAGAUGAGAUUGAAGUGUAUAGCUGUUUCGUAGCAUCUCUUUAUGUAGAGGAAGCUCCAACAUACAGACUGCAUCUUGCUUGACAUUAGUACCUUAUGGGGUAAUAUUAAAAAAUAAUAUUCAGUCACCUCUCUUUAAAGACUAUAAAAAAGCUUACCUAGCAGUUUAACACAAAUUACCAAUAAUAUGCUGUACUCAUUAAAGCACUUACCAGAAACGAGUCUGUUAGAAACCUAGAGACUUCAGAGUUAGUGUUAAUGAAAAGUUAAACUAACCCUAUAUUAUAUUUUUUUAACAAAGGAUACAACACAAAUCAGACGAGAAAGAUGGUACAAUGAGAUUAGUUCAGUUUGUAAUGUCGUAUACUCCUGAUUGAAAGUCCCCAAGGGCACAAAGUUCGACAAUGCGUUUAUGUGUCAGCGCCAUACGAAAUAAGUGAACAGAUCAACUAAUGGUGUCAUGGGUAAAGCGUAUUUUUCCUAACUGUUCUCUUCCCUCUGGAAAGAAAAACAACAUUGUGCCACGCUUCCGAUCUCUCGUGACUGUUGGCUUGAAUGGGAAGUGCGAACCAGUGAGGGUCGUCCACUAUUAACUCGGUCAAGAUUCUUUGAAGCCGAUCAUGGAAGAACCUCUGGUUGGAAACUGUGCAGUUUUGACUUCAGUUUUUAGUGUUAUGCUAGCGGAAAGGUUGAGGUUAUCAUUUAAAAAAUGCCACCUGGUGGAAUGUCUCUCUCCUGAACCCACGCUUGAAAGUCAAACUUGUUUGAUACCAAGCGUGAGAUGUCGUGGAUUUGCCUCUCUCGCAGUGACUUCAGAGGCGAACUUUGGACACUUCGUUCAGAUGAAAACAAUGCACGAAUGCCAGGACCACGCUAGCGUGCCACGCUUUAUGAGAACAUAGGUUAAGAGACAAGGCACCCUAUGCAACCGAUCUUCAACACAGCUGCUACUCGUUAUUGAACACGUUAGGAGGGUAAUUAAUACAGGUUGUCUCUUUCAUUCAUUUUUGGUAAUACUCCAAUUUUAAAACAAAAUUGCCACACUAUUCACUAAUUGCAAAACUACCGAUAUGACUUUCAUACAUCAAUCUCCCACACAUUCAUAUGGAAUUUACAUACAUUGGUGCGAGAACGUUUGUAUAAGAUUAAAGUCAACUAGUAAACAAAACCGACACUUUUAUCGAAACAUAUUGGGUUAUUUUCGGAAAGUUUAUGCGAUUCAUGCGAUGAAGAUGAACAACAAUAGAAAUCGACAGGUACAUCUUGUUUGGCCUAACAAACAAGGUUAAAAAUUGCUUUAAAAUAAACCAAUCUCAAAAAAUUCUUCGAUGUACUCUCGAAGAAGGUUUUAACUUAAAUCUAGCUACUUGGCAUUAUUAAAAAUUACAAUCUUUAAUUAAAUUUGUUUGCAUUGAAAUACUGAUUUUUAAGUUUUUUUCACAUUAAAUCACUU